AUAGUAUUCAGUAGUUGAACGCGAAUCGGCAACAGGUUAGGAAGUGAGCAAAGUUUUAUGAAAAGAAAAACAGAGAGUAUAGCUGAAAUUGAUGUACACAACUCUUUUUUGUGAAUAAUUUAAUGUUAUAUUUAAGUGAAUACGUCAAUUGAUAUUUAAUUAUUGAGUGCUUUGGACAUAUAAAGAUUUCCAGCGAUAACAAAUUCGUCGACACCUGCUUGUCAAAAUCACACUCUACGCACUGCAUUGCCUAGUUUUUGCGCUUAAUAUUUGUGUGUUGUUGGUGUUCUAGUGUCAUUUCGUUGGCGUCGAAGGGAAAACAUGUCGCUAAAAUUCUACUAUGAUUUGAUGUCGCAGCCAUCGCGUGCGCUGCAUAUUAUCCUCAAGAUGAGCGGUGUGCAAUUCGAAGAAUGUCCAGUGGCGCUGAGAAAAGGUGAACAUUACACAGAAGAGUUCAAGCAAAAUAUUAAUCGCUUCCAGCGUGUGCCUUGCAUUAUCGAUGAUGGCUUCAAAUUGGCCGAAAGUAUUGCUGUGCUCAGGUACCUCAGCGCAAAGGGUAAAAUUCCCGAAUAUCUUUACCCAAAAUACUUUGUAGAGCAGGCACGAGUUGAUGAAUUUCUCGAAUGGCAACACAUCACUCUUCGUGUAACCUGUUCACUUUACUUCCGCACCAUUUGGCUGGAUCCAUUGGUAACCGGUGAACGUCCGGUGGAUGAGAAAGUAGCGAAAAUCAAGAGUCAAAUGGAGGCGAAUUUAGAUAUCGUAGAGAAUGUGUGGCUGGCAAAAACCGAUUUCCUAACCGGGCAACGGCUGACGGUGGCGGAUAUUUUUGCGGCGUGCGAAAUCGAACAAACACGCAUGGCUGAUUAUGACGUGCGCAUCAAAUAUCCGAAAAUCAAGGCCUGGUUGAAACGCGUGCGCGCAGGCUGCAGCCCACACUACGAUAAUGCCCACCACCUUGUCUAUAAGAUCAGUGGCACUGCACCACAUGCGAAGCUGUGAAAUAUAUUUAAUUUUCUAUAAUUUUUGUAAUUUUGUUACGAGUGAAAACAUACAAAUGUUUGUCAAUAAUAAAGUAAAUAAUAAGGGAUGUGGGCAAUAAAGUAAAAUAAAAUAAAUUGUA